AUGGAGAAGGAAUACAAGGCAUACCUUGUUAUCACCACCGUCCACGUUGACCCUCUCCGAAAAAGAGCAUCAACAAAGAAGGUGGGCAAGGCUUGGAAAAGAGACUACUUGUUGUAUGGCCCACCUGGCACUGGAAAAUCCAGCUUCAUUGCAGCCAUAGCUAAUUAUCUCAAGUUUGAUGUGUUUGAAUUGGAGCUUGAUGCUAUUGACAGUGACUCUGAGUUGAAAAGGUUCACACUGUUAGGCCUACUAAACUUCAUGGAUGGUUUGUGGUCAAGUUGCGGAGAUGAGAGAAUUAUUGUGUUCACAACAAACCACAAGGAUCGGCUUGAGCCUGCAUUGCUGCGUCCUGGUCGAAUGGACGUCCACAUUCACAUGUCCUAUUGCACUCCGCAUGCGUUUAAGGUUUUGGCCUCCAACUACCUUGGUGUUCAGGACUUGGACCGUCAUCCUCUUUACGGAGAAAUCGCGGGGUUGCUAGAGAGCACAAAGGUUACUCCUGCUGAGAUUUGUGAGGAACUACUGAAGACAAAUGAUUGA